CAUAAACAAGACGACUGCCAGAGUUAGCCGCCAGUCCUGUGCGCCUCUGGGCUGAGUCUCCCUCUGAGGGAGACAGACACACUGACAGAGAAAGUGAGCAAGGGACGACAGAGUGGGAAAGUGAGAGAACAGGAAAGAGGGGAGGCAGAAGGACAGGAAAACCCAUCAGAGGAAAAGAGAGACGGACAAGAAUUGACAGAAGAGGAGGAGAAGGGAGAAGAAGAGAGAGUAAAAGACAGACUGAACUAAGUCUCUCUUCUUCUCCUCGAAGUCAUGGCCGAGAACAACACAAAUCUCUUUCUGGAAAUACUUCAGUCUUUUGAUGCUGUCCCUCUGAUCAUAGCUUUCUGUGUGUCCAUGGCGGUGGGCCUCGUCUUGGGGGCCUUGGUAUACGUGCUCUUGACCUGGAUGUCCAGACGCAGAGCAGGCUCUGCCAGCAUCACCCGCCGCCCUCCCCGCCACUCGCGCGCGUCUUCCCGCAACCGCCCAGGUUUCAACCGCAACAGCAGCUAUGACCGGCGCAGCAACAACAGUUUGGUCAGCGCUGCUUUCAGCUUCCACCGCCAGACUUCCUCCCCAGAUCACCUCGACCCGCUGGGGCACAAAUCCAGCUUCAGGGCCUCAACCUUCCACCCUCUACUUCAGUGUAGCCAAAUCGCGAGGGAAGCAGAGGAGGGGAGCCAGACCACGUUGCCUCGUACGCCGACUCUGACCACGUCAGCUGGAUCAGCCCAAACAGCAGCCCAGUCAGCUGCCACCCCACCCAGACCUGAGUCAUUUUGGGGGAACAAUGGCCUGAGAGGUUUCCAUGCUACACAGACCCCACCUCCAGCUUAUGAAAGCAUUAUUAGGGCUUAUCAGGAAACGUGCACCUGAGAGGAGUGGGAGCACCAGGCUGACGACAGCUACAUGAGCCCAUAGAUGUAAAUGGAUUAACAAAUUAUAUUGGACUAAAUCUAUAUUGAUUUAUAUGACCAGGUGAAGCUGAGUGGAGCAACGAAGGACAUGAAGGUCAAUUCUGUGCGCUGCUCAACACAAUAACACUCUGAAACAACAAUCAGUCUUGUAUGUUUUUUGGUUUGUUAAUAUAUAUCUGGUGUUGACAUAAGCAUACUUGCCUUUCAUCAUUCAAUACUGCUGUAGAGUAUUUAUUUAGAAGAGUCAGGUAAUACUCUAAGCGUUGUGGAAACAGCUGCUUAUGAACAAAAAUUAUUCCUCUUGAAAAUUAGCAGUCUGUAUUUAGUGAUGAUUGACACUCAUGUAUGCUUGCAGAGAAUCUAUGUUUUUGUUUUUUAUGGCUAAAAUUUACAAAUACAUACUGGCGACGGGGCAAUGCUGCAAGGCAAGAUGUCUCCUUUGCCCCUGCUGAUUAUCUAAUAUCUAUGCAACAGAGAGAAUGAAGUGUACCCCAAGGGAAGGGUGGAUGUUUGUGUGUUAACUUUACUAAAAUGUGUCAACAACACAUCUAUGCAAAACGUGGUGAAGACAGCUUUAAACUCAUUUGAUGUUUUAAUUGCUGCCUCACAAAUGUUUUUUUACAGAGUUGUGGCAGAUGGGUGAGUGUGGCAUUUAACGUAAUUCAGUGUGUCUGUGUUUGCAUGUAUUUUAUUGUAUGUGCUAGAGAGACAAAGAAAGUUGGGCAUUAGAUGUCAUAAGUUUUUGUAUUUUAUCUUUGAAUGUAAUUUACUGAACUUUGCUUAUAAGUUAAUGUAAUAAAAGCUGGAAACCAAAGCA